GACAAGUCGUCAGCGGAAAUCGCGAGGGAGAGCAGACCGAUGGCUACAGUCGUUCAAUGUAAACUAUAUUAGAGACGGUUAAAAAAUUCAUAUUAGAUUUUCUGGAGCAGUGCUAUGUCUUCGGAAAUGACAGGACAAACGCCCUGCCUAUCCAGUCGCUGGGAUCAGCCAGCCCAACCUAAACAGAGUGUAGACAUACAGCAGCAGAGGAGUAUGGGAAAUGCAGCUCUGCCUGUCUCGUUAUCAGGAGCUGCCAGUACUGCUGGUUCAAACAGCACAGUCUCCCAGCCACCAGAAACAGAAGAAAAGCCAGCACCUCAAGGAGGAGUUGAGAUGGCUGCAGCAAUGGCUGCUAAAAUAAAUGCAAUGUUAAUGGCAAAAGGAAAGCUCUUGACUCCUCCACCAUUACUUGCAAAGACACCUCCAAGUAUUCCAGUACCAACCACUACAGAAGAGAUGGUGGUCACAGAGGUUGAUAUAAACGAUGUACCACUAAACUGCAGGGAACUUCUUACUAAAGGCAAAACACAAGAGGAGAUCCGACAGUUCAGUGGAGCUGUUGUCUCAACAAAAGGUCAUUACAUAAAUGAAGCUGAAAAGGGAAAUGGAGUAGGACAAAGGCCUUUGUAUUUGCAUGUCCAGGGAAAGACCCAAGAGCAGGUCAAUAAAGCAGUGAUUAGGAUAAAGGAGAUCAUAUCUGAGGAUGUGAUGAGGGCCUCUGCAGCAUCAGGACAGCAGGCUCCUGUAAUGCCGCCGCUCACACUCUACCCUCAGCCUCCUCGACCCAUCAUUUCCCCUUCAGUGCCACGGAUGCCAAACACCAACUCAGUGCCAGCCCAGGGACAUCGGCCUGCAGCUCCUCAUACGGGGAGUUUUGUGCACACAAAGAUUUUUGUGGGUCUGGAUCAAGCAUUGCCUUCAUUUAACGUAAAGGAAAAGGUUGAGGGUCCAGGAGGUUCAUACCUGAGUCACAUCCAGACCGAGACAGGGGCACGAGUCUUCCUCAGAGGAAAGGGAUCUGGUUACAUAGAACAGGCAUCAAAACGAGAGUCUUUUGAGCCUCUUUAUGUUUACAUCAGCCACCCUAAUGCAGCAGGACUGGAGUCAGCAAAGAAACUCACAGAGAGUCUGCUGGAAACUGUGAGAGCUGAACAUGCCCGAAUGCUGUCGGCGUACACAGCCACAGGCUCAACACAACCAUACGCAGCACAUGGAUUUCCACCUAAUAGCAAUUACUCUAACCAAGGGUCCUGGUAUAACUACUCAGCAAAUGGAUAUGCUGGCGGCUAUGCAGCGUAUCCAGGAGCCGGUGGUUAUUGGAGUAAUUCAAAUGGUCCCUCAAGUCAUUCUAACUUGUCGACAAACCCUCCAUCUUCUCAGGCAAUGGUUCAGUAUCCGAUGUGUCCUAGGAAACCGCAUCCCUAUCUUGUCCAGGAUCCAGGCAGCAGUGAGACAGUGGAGCCUGAAGGAUCUUUAAACACCCCCCCUGACUCAGGAAGUCCCGAACGUCAUUUCCAAGAGGGGGCUAAGGAUGAACAGCCUACCAGCUGUUCCCCAGAGGGUCCUGCUCAUCUGGAAUCCACCCUUCCAGUAUCCAGUUUUAGAGAGGAGAAAGGAGAAGAUAGGUUUCUAAUGCCUCCACCACCCCCUUCUUUUGUGGCUCCUGCCCCUGUUCCACGCAAAAGGCCAAGGGAUGCUGUGAGCGACGAACCAGCUAGUCUUCCCAGCAGCACCGCAUCGAUGGGUAUGCGCUUUUUCAUUUUCAAAUGUUCUGACAACCUGAGUGUUUGGACGUUUCUUCUGAGGAGUUGUCUUUUGCAUGAAGUAGCAUCUCCCCCCAUGGAGGAGUUGGGGAGGAGUGGAAACCUGUGUGAAUCUCUCCACUGGUGGAACUCACUAACAUGCUCUUUCUGUAUAUGUUUUUUUGUCUUUCCCCUGUUUUCUCUCUCAACAUGUGUCUCCGGACGUGCCUAUAAUGGAUGUGUGCUCUGCUGCCGUUUCAUUUGAUAUCUUCCCUCCCCUGGCUCUGGAUCAAACGAACCCAAAAACCACCGCUUUUAUGGGGCUCCUCAAUGGGUUUCCUUUUUGUUUUGUCUCUCUUUUUGUCUCUCUUUUUUCUCAUCCUCCACUUUCCUUCUAUUCUGUCUCUCCAUUUUAUUGUGCCAUUAACAGGUGUUCAAGAAGAUGAGUGCGUGAAGAAGACUAAAGUGAAGGAAGAUGCUUCUGGGCUAGUGCCCUAUGGAGGAGAUUCCUCUGAUGAAGAGGAGGAGAGGACACACAGCAGUAAGACAGAAAACUCAUAACCUCUGCUCGUCCUAUCCCACUGCCCCAAGAUAUUCAGACCCAAAGUCUGCACUCAGUAUUGCAUCUCAUUUCUCAAACACCCAAUAAAAGGAAAAGUCUACCCUUAGAUUACCAUACAUAGUUUUGCAAAUAUACCACAUUUCACCCACUUUUCUACAUUGAGCUAGCCUCUUAUUUUUCCCUCUAUGUGGCUUUUAAAGAUUUUUCUCUCACCACUUUAAGACUUAAAGAUAAGUUUCACUCACUGUCAAAUUGGCAGACUUCAUACGGCAGUAAUGUAUAGUACAUGUGAUUUGUCCAGUUGUAAACAAAACAUAAAAAUACUGCUAUGGGCUCUGAAAUAUAACAAGAUUCUGGUGCUUUACUGGCUUCUUAAAUACAAAGGGUUUAUAUUUUUUCCCCUCUAAGUUUAGUGGCAUUUUUCAGAUGAUAUUGGCCCUGGCACAAGAAACGUGGUUUCAGUCAAAGGGAGCAUACUUUAAAUUGAUGCCCGCUGUGUAGCUGAUUUAAAUGUAGAAAUAUAGCUACCAACUGGCUUUAGUGUCACAUGUAUUUAUGUUUUUAGUCAGAUAUCUUAAAAUGCAAUUCAUCAUGCAGAUAUCUGUCAUUUUUUUAAUCUUGAGGAUGGGGAUUUUUAGAAAACUAGAAUGUUUAAUAUUUUUCCUUUAAAGGUCUGAGGUGAGAAGCAGCUCUCUGAUUUUUCAUCUUUUUUUUCUGACUAUAAAUGAUGGACUUCCCACUAUUGACAUAGCAGAGAAACUUAAUAGUGUCCAUUAAAUGAGUUCACAAACAUAAAGCACACCAUCAGUAGCCACUUUUUAGAGCAUGGAAGAAUGCAGGGUGGACUUUUCCAUUUUAAGAUGUGAAUACGAUUGUAUAUUAAUUACAUUUUUUUUUUUCCUUUACAAUUUUUGUUAUUAAAAAAAGCCCUUAUUUUCCCUUUUGAAUUUUAACACCUGGUCUGCUGCAGUUACAGAUGAUUUAAAUACUUAUUGUAAUAUUCAGUGGAACCUUUUUCUGAUCUUGGAAAAUGGUGUAUGCCUGUUCCCAUGGAAUACUAUAAUAAAAACAACUGAAAAACA